AUGCAACUCAAUCGGCGUACUCUGUGCGCAUUGCACGCCCUAUUCGCGUUCGCACUCGUCUUCUUGACCUCCGCGAACGCUGCGGACCCACCCCGCAAGUCGAACGGACUCACAGAAGUUGUGCAAUGGGACAACUAUACGCUUUUUCUGCAUGACCAGCGGAUGUUUCUCUAUUCCGGAGAGUUCCAUACAUUCCGCCUGCCCGUUCCCGAUCUCUGGCUCGACAUCUUUCAAAAGAUGGUCGCCGCUGGUUUGAACGCUGUUAGCAUCUACAUUCACUGGGGACUGACAAACCCGGCACCGGGAGAAUUCAACUUCGACGACUGGCGUGCCCUGCAACCUAUUUUCGAUGCCGCUAAGCUUGCCGGCAUCUUUGUCGUCCUACGACCUGGUCCUUACAUCAACGCAGAGACGACUGCGGGAGGUCUUGCCCUCUGGUCAACAAGCCUGGUCGAAGGGGACGUGCGCUCGAACAGCACGACCUGGAAUGCCGCCUACCAACCCUACGCCUCUCAGAUCAUCCAACUCGCCAAGCCAAACCAAGUGACUGAAGGCGGGCCUAUGCUACUCCUACAGAUUGACAACGAGUAUUCGCAGACACCGAUCGGUAAUGCAGAGUACUUCGCUGACCUCGAGGAGCAAUAUCGUUCCAACGGUAUCGUCGUUCCCUUGACGUACAACGACCCCGGCGAAAAGCAACAGUUCGUCAACGGUACUGGGGCGCCCGACCUCUACGGGCUCGACUACUACCCGAACCACUUCAAUUGCACUAACGGAUCCAUGUGGAACGCCGUCCCGACGGAGUUCCACCAGUAUCACCUCGACACGGGUCCGGACAGACCGUUCUACAUGCCCGAGUUCCAGGGCGGGUCACACGACUACUGGGGUGGUCCGGGAUAUGAGCGCUGCCGCGCGCGGAUCGGUCCCGACUUCGAGGACGUGUUCUACAAGAACAACUGGGCAAGCAACGUGAAGAUGCAUUCUGUCUACAUGUUUUAUGGAGGAACUAACUGGGGAGGCAUUGCAUAUCCCGGUGCAUAUACGAGCUACGACUAUUCCGGCGCCAUCAAAGAGACGCGACUGCUCUGGGAGAAGCACGACGAGAUGAAGCGCCAGGGCCUCUUCCUCCGCUCCUCGCCUUCGUUCCGGAAGACCAACUGGAUAGGAGACACCAACAGCGGUAUUCCCGAAGUGUCCAUCUCCGGGCAUGAUGCAGCCAAAGCGUUUGCGACCCACCUGCGGAACCCAGACACCGGGACAGGCUUCACUAUCGUGCGCCAGCUAGACGGGGCGUCCACUGAUACGAUAUCUUUCAAAUUGACUGUCCCCGCGUCCCAGGGAUCGCUCACCGUCCCGCAACAUGCGGACUCCAUCACCCUCAAAGGCCGCCAGAGCAGAGUCAUCCUCACCGACUACACCUUCGGCGCAUUCGGCUCCGUCCUGUACUCCACCGCCUCCGUCUUCUUCGCAGGCACGAUCGGCUCGCGCGACGUGCUCUUCAUCUACGGCGACGCCGACCAAGCACACGAACUCGCACUCGCCUUCACCGGGCACGGCACACGCAUUCAGUCUUCACGCGUGCAAUACACCUCCGCCUCCGGCGCCUUCAUCGCCGUCUCUAUCCACGCCCAGCCUGGCUCCAAGGAGUUACUGACGCUCUGGGACUCGCCCACGCAGCUCGUCCUGUUCGCCGACCCCGUCACGGUCGCGACGUUCUGGGCGCCCGCGGUCCGCGCACCGACCCAUGAGACGAUUGCUGGAUUGGAGACAUUCUGGCAGUUCGGCACGAACACGACGGUGCUCGUCGGCGGGCCAUACCUCGUGCGCAACGCGAGUCUCGCGAACGGCGGACGCACGCUCGCGCUGCAUGGGGAUCUGAAUGCGAGCGUACCGCUCACGGUGAUCGCGCCCGAGGGCGUGCGUGCGGUGUCGUGGAACGGGAAGCAGGUUCGGGUUCAGGGCGCGAGCAGCGGUGUGCUCGAAGGCAAGUUGGAAGUGAGCUCGAAGAUCAGGGAGGUCGAGGUGCCCAAGCUGCAGGGGUGGAAGUUCGCGGACAGCCUGCCAGAGGUGAAGGACGGAUUUGACGAUAGCAGCUGGAUCGUCGCGGACCAUACGUCGACGAAUAUCACCAUUCCACCAGCGUUCGGAGAUGGCAGGGUUCUAUAUGGAUGCGACUAUGGCUUCUGCGAAAACAGCAUCUUCUGGCGCGGACACUUCAACGCGACCGGAUCUGAGACGGGCGCGAACCUCACCAUCAACGGCGGCACGGCAUUCGCUGCCUCAGUUUGGCUCAACGGCGUCUUCCUACAAACCGUCUCGGACAUCUCCGCCGUCGGCGAGGCGAACGCGUUCUUCGCUUUCCCGCAGUCCGCACUCAAGGCUGGUCAAGACAACGUGCUGACGGUAUUGCAAGACCACAUGGGCAACGACGAGGGCCAGAACCAGAAGUCGGACCGCGGAAUACGCGGGUUCGAACUCGUGGGCGGCGUCGGGAAAUUCUCGACCUGGAAAGUGCAGGGCAAACUCGGCGGCUACACCAACUUCCCCGACAAAGUCCGUGGCGUACUCAAUGAAGGCGGUCUCUUCGCCGAACGCGACGGAUGGCACCUACCAGGCUUCCCGACGAAUUCAUCCACGGCGAACUUCACCUCACGCGACCUGUCGGCGGGCCUGCCAUCUGGGGGUGCCGGUGUCGGGUUCUUCACGACCACGGUCACAUUGGACGUCCCGCAAGGCCUCGACGCUGCGUUCAGCUUUGAGUUCGACGGCGGCGCACAGCACACCGGGGCGCCGUACCGCGCACUCCUGUUCGUUAAUGGAUGGAAGUUCGGCAAGCGCGUCGGAAAUAUCGGGCCACAAGCACGUUUCCCCGUUCCGCCUGGGAUACUCGACCACCAUGGGUCCAACACCAUUGGUGUUGCGCUGUGGGUCAUGGAAGACACGCCGGUAUCGCCGACUCUGGAUCUCGUUCUUGAGGGCGCUCUGGAGGGUGGCGUAGGUCCCAUCGCUCAGAACAAUCCUGUCUGGACCGCCCGUGUGCAUGCUGCUUGAGAUGAGAGAGCGAAGGCUGAAUAUCUCAUAAAAUCGAAGCAGAGCCAUGCAUACAA